AUGGCCCCUGUGAAUGAGUAUGUGGAUCUCUUUUGGCAUGACCAUCCUUUAUGUUACAAAGUUGAUUUAAUUGCUGAUGGCUGCGAGGAGUGUCAUAAGUCUACUGGAAACUUUGUUGCUUGGAGCCCGUUAUAUGAAUGCUCUGUAUGCAAAAAAAGAUGGCAUCCCUCUUGCGUUCCAAGCUCACCAGUGAGUAUUAGACACCCCUGCCACAUCAGCCACUUCCUUGAGCUUUGCCUCCAAGGACUACCUAACUACGCUAACUGGAAAUGCAGCCUAUGUCAACAGACACUCUCCAGUUUUAUCUACCACUGUAAGCUAUGUGAUUUCAGAGUAGACAUGAACUGCGCAAAGAUGACCAUGGACUCACUCUCAUGGGGAGGGAUGUCUCCUUCACAUGUAACACUUGUGGUACACAUGGUGAGCGAAACCCUUAUGUAUGUCUUCCAUGCUCUCUCAUGUUUCAUUAUGAUUGUAUUGAUCUAA